AUGACUUCUCCCUCCUUAGCCGAGAAGAGCAGCAAAGGCUCUAUAAGAUAUACCAAGAAGACCAGCUCCGAAGAACCUGCCGAGAAUGCGGAAUCCUCUUCCCAACGAAGAACCAGCUAUUUACGCAUCUUCAGACACAUCGUCUUCCUGCCCGUGCCGGCAGCAGCAACCUUCCUGCCCGCGGCAGCAGUUAUCGUCUUCCCGCCCGUGCCGGCAGCAGCAACCUUCCUGCCCGCGGUAGCAGUUAUCGUCUUCCUGCCCGUGCCGGCAGCAGCAACCUUCCUGCCCGCAGCAGCAGUUAUCUUCCUACCCGUGGCGGCACUAAGAAACGCGGCAGCCACCCCCCUGCCCGAGUCAACACCGCCCGGACCGUCGCAGACUAUCAAGACCACCGACCUAGUCCCCGACGGGCUAGUCCCUAACGACCCGGACUACGAGACCGAGCUAGCCCCCGACCUAGGCUCCGAGACCGAGCUAGCCCCUGACCUAGGCUACGAGACGGAUCUAGCCCCUAACUGCUUAGACCCGUACGACCUAGACUGCCCGGUUUACCCGUAUGCCGAGGAAGCCGACGAGGAAGCCGACGAGGAAGCCGACGAGGAAGCCGUCGAGGAAGCCGUCGAGGAAGCCGACGAGGAAGCCGUCGAGGAAGCCGACGAGGAAGCCGUCGAGGAAGCCGACGAGGAAGCCGACGAGGAAGCCGAAGAAUAUUCCGACGAAGAAAUCGUCUAG